UGGCAGCAUUGGAAUCCUCCGCUAUCUUGAAGGAGUUUAGACAGCGCUGUUUCCGACAAGAAUAGCCGAAAGUCCCAAAGAGGGGGGUUGGAUUGAUUAGCGCUGUUAAGCCGCUUGUUUCAAAGAAACUGCCUUUUUUCAUACUUCACAGAGGAGGGGAAUAUUGUUUUUUUUUAAUGCCACAUAAUUUAUCUGCUACUACCAACCCGGGGUGGACAAUUCGCAAAUGGAUCGAGUGAAGAACUCAAUGCAGCAGGUCCAGAACCCAAUUCCGAAAGUGCUGAACCGCCGGGCGGGAGCCAACAGCUUAGAGGCGGAGAAGGAGAACUUUGAGCGGAGCCAGGUUGUCAGCAUCAACAAGGCCAUUAAUGCCCAAGAGGUUGCUGUGAAGGAGAAGCAUGCCAGGACCUGCAUCCUGGGGACGCAUCACGAGAAGGGCGCGCUCACGUUCUGGGCUGCAGUCCACCGGCUCCCCCUCUCCAGCAACGCCGUGCUCUGCUGGAAGUUCUGCCACGUCUUCCACAAGCUGCUGCGUGAUGGCCACCACAGCGUCCUGAAAGACUCCAUGAGGAACAAGGCAGACUUGAGUGAUAUGAGCAGGAUGUGGGGCCAUCUGAGUGAGGGUUACGGCAGGCUGUGCAGCAUCUACCUCAAACUGCUCAUCACCAAAAUGGAGUUCCACAGCAAGAACCCACGCUUUCCUGGGAACCUCAUGAUGACAGACAAACAGCUGGACGAGACCGGGGAGAAUGACGUCAACAACUUCUUCCAGAUGACGGUGGAAAUGUUUGAUUAUCUGGAGUGUGAGCUGAACCUGUUCCUGGCAGUGUUCAACUCUCUGGACAUGUCCCGCUCUGUGUCCGUGACGACAGCUGGACAGUGUCGGCUGGCCCCGCUCAUUCAGGUCAUCCUGGACUGCAGCCAUCUGUACGACUACAUUGUGAAACUGCUCUUCAAACUGCAUUCCUGUCUCCCUGCAGAUACCUUGCAAGGCCACCGAGACAGAUUCCAGGAGCAGUUCAGGAAAUUAAAGGAUCUUUUGUACCGAUCAAGUAACCUGCAGUAUUUCAAGAGACUCAUUCAGAUCCCACAGCUGCCAGAGAACCCCCCGAAUUUCCUGCGUGCCUCGGCUCUGUCGGAGCACAUCAGCCCGGUGGUGGUGAUCCCGCUGGAGAGCUCCUCCCCCGAUAAUGAGCCCAGCGUGGAGACUGAGGAGCUGGUGGACAUGGACACUGCGCUGCAGCCGACUCAUGGCGAAAGCAAAUUUGACGACCUCUUCGGAACCUCUUCAGCCAGCGAUCCGUUUAAUUUCAACAGUCAGAAUGGGAUGUACAAGGAUGAUAAAGACCGUCUCAUCGAGCAGCUGUCCAGAGACAUCAGGGCUCUGAAGGAGGAGCUGGAGACCUUCAAGGCUGAGAGUCACCGGCUGUGCCAGGCCCUGCGGGGGCGGAUCAGUGAGCUGGAGGCGGAGCUGGCAGAGCAGACACACCUGAAGCAGCAGGCGCUGGACGAGGGGGAGUUCCUGCGAGCCGAGCUGGAGGACCUGCGCAGGAGGAGGGAGGACACAGAGAAAGCACAGCGCAGCCUCACCGAGGUUGAGAAGAAAGCCCAGGCCAACGAGCAGAGGUACGCCAAACUGAAAGAGAAGUACACAGAGCUGGUGCAGAGCCACGCCGAGCUGCUGAGGAAGAAUGCGGAGGUGACCAGGCAGGUGACGGUGGCUCGAGCGGCGCAGGACGAGGUGGAGAGCGUCAGGAGGGAGAUGCAGGAGAAGCUGAAGGAGGCUCAGGAGGAGAGCCAGCACAGAGAUGAAGAGCAGAGCGAGAAGCUGCAGGUCCUGCAGAGAGAGCUGGCUGGGAGUCGAGAGCAGCUGAGCACACUGCGGGCCUCCAUCACCUCCUCACAGCAGAUGAGCACGGAUCUGAGCUCCAAGAUUGAGGCUCUGGAGCAGGACAAGGGCGGUCUAGCCGAGGCGGUGGCGCAGAAGGAGGCGGAGCUCUCUGUGUUGGGGGUGGAGCUAGAGCGGCUGCAGAGCACCCUGUCGAGCGAGCGGGACAGCGCAGUGAAAACAGCAGAGGUGCUGCAGAACCAGCUCAACGAGAAGGAGAGCCAUGAGCAGGCCCUGGAGAGGCAGCUGGCAGCGGAGAGGCUGGCCCUGCUCAGGAGUAGCGUGGAGGAGGGGGAGAGGAUCAUCCAGGACGCACUGGCCCGGCUCGAGCACCCCGCUCACAUCGGCUGCACCAGCUCUGCAGAUUACCUGGUAUCCAGAAGCCAGGCUGCGCUGGAGUCCCUCAACAGGCUACAGACAGGCCAGCAGCAGUACCUGAGUGACCCGACAGAUGUGAGCGAGCUGCUGCGAGCGGUCGCCCAGUUGGCCCACCUGGUGGGGGACACGAUCGUGCAGGGCAGCGCCACCUCCCACAUGGCUCCUCAGGAGCAGGCAGACAUGCUCUCCGAGGCUGUGAAGUCCUGCGGGGGGGACGCUCUGGUGUUCCUGCAGCUGCUGAAGGAGGAGGAGACCCUGGGCAGCGCUGACAGCACCGUGCUGAGGGAGGGCCUAGCCAGGAUAACCUGCAUCGGGGAGGAGCUGAGACCGAAGGGUCUGGAUAUUGACCAGGGGGAGCUGGGGGACCUGGUAGAGCAGGAGCUGGCAGCCACCUCCGCAGCAGUGGAGUCUGCAGCAGCCAGAGUCGAGGAAAUGCUGAGCCAGGCCCGAGCUGCAGACACCGGGAUCAAAAUGGAGGUCAAUGAGAGGAUCCUGGCCUCCUGCACUGACCUCAUGCAGGCGAUCAAGGUGCUGAUCCUGUCCUCCAAGGACCUCCAGCGUGACAUCGUGGAGAGCGGGAGGGGGGCAGCAUCAACUAAGGAGUUCUAUGCGAAGAAUUCCCGCUGGACAGAGGGCCUGAUCUCAGCCUCCAAGGCUGUCGGCUAUGGAGCCACGGUGAUGGUAGACGCGGCAGACCUGGUCGUCCAGGGCAAGGGCAAGUUCGAGGAGCUGAUGGUGUGUUCUCACGAGAUCGCAGCCAGUACAGCGCAGCUAGUGGCUGCCUCCAAGGUGAAGGCUGACAAGGGCAGUGCCAACCUGGGCAGGCUGCAGCAGGCCUCCCGAGGGGUGAACCAGGCCACCGCCAGCGUCGUGGCUUCUACCAAGAACGCCAAGUCCCAGAUCGAGGACACAGAGACUAUGGACUUCUCCAGCAUGACCCUCACUCAGAUUAAGAGGCAGGAGAUGGAUUCCCAGGUGCGUGUGCUGGAGCUGGAGAAUCACCUGCAGAAGGAGCGUCAGAAGCUGGGCGAGCUGAGGAAGAAGCACUACGAGCUGGCCGGAGUGGCAGAGGGCUGGGAGGAGGAGGAGGGGACAGGCGCUGGCUGCUGAGAUCCUAGCAGGAGACCUGCUUGCUGUGGGUUGAUUCCAGCAGCUUCCAGUUUUAUAGUUUUCCAGUGUUUUUUUUUUUUUUUUUUUUUUAAUUCAAAGCCAAAUAAAUGGUGCUGUUCUCAACCAGACCCGCUCAUCCUCCCUUGUACACUCCAGCUUCAGAAACUUUUGGAACAAUAAGAUAAAUGAGGUUGAAAAAAAAAAACCCUCAAGGAACACUAUUUGAGACUUGUGUGGAGAUGAUGGGUCUGUCUGUGGCGCCACCCCCAGGAUGGCUGGAGAACUACCGUACAGGUUGAGCCUUCAGUUUUCAUUAUGAGUUGUACUUCAGAUCACAAACCUGUAUGAGGACAACUUACCAACCAAGUUUCAGUUACAACCUCCCUACAAAGCACACCACGAAGACUGAUUCUGAUGGGUUUUCACGGUUCAUAAAAUAAUGGAGCAGAUAAGCUGCAAAUACCCCCAACCCCAUCCUCCCUUCAACACAGACAUCUCCUCUUUCAGCCAGUGUGAGCUGGGGACGGAGGCUGCCUUCCCAGGGGGAUACAGGGUGAAUGUGGAGGGAUGAGGAGCCCCAACAGCGAGCUGUGGUUCAGACUGUUCUAGUUUGAUUUGUGUUCCUUGUGCUGUUCUAAAGCUGCUCACAUUUCUUCUGGGGUUUAAUCAAUCAAUAAAACAAAAUAAAACCA